AUGCACCCAGACCUACCGUAUCUUGCACAUUCGCAUUUGGAUGAGGGCUCAGCCGGUGACAGUGAGGAGGUUGAGGAGGUUGAAGACCAGGAAAAUCUUGUGGAUGAGAGUGAAGCAGAUUCAGAUGGUUCAGAAGAUGUGAUGGCACUUGAUGAUCUCGAAGACGGUCAUGUUGAUGAAGAUGUAGUUCCAGAACAAAAAGUCGAAAUCGACAAUACCGUUGCUCUUCGUCGUAUAAGAGAGGCAAUUCGACUCGACCCAUCAUUAUCGUGGACAGAAACCCUCGUCAUAUCGUAUCCUCAAGUAAUAGAGGUCGAUGUAGAUGACGACCUCAAUCGCGAGCUUGCGUUUUAUAAACAAGCACUACAUGCUGCUAAUACUGCCCGCACGCUUGCUGCCUCUCAUUCUCUGCCUUUUACGCGCCCUUCAGAUUAUUUUGCAGAGAUGGUCAAGUCCGACGCGCACAUGGAGCGUCUUCGUUCACGGUUACUCGAUGAACGUGCCGGGAUCAAGAAGUCGGAAGAGAAGAGAAGAGAGAGGGAGGGGAAGAAGUUUGGCAAGCAGGUGCAGAUGGAGAAGCUCAAGGAAAGAGAACGUAGCAAGAAGGACAUGGAAGAGCGACUUAAAGGGCUCAAAAGAAAACGCAAAGGUGCCCUGGAAAAUGCUGAGGCAGAUGGCGCGGAUGGCGAUGCAUUUGAUAUCGCGGUUGAAGACGCCAUUGCUGACAGGCCUGCUAAGCAUGCCAAAGGCCCUGGUGGGAAGAAAAUAACGCGUAAUGCACGCGAUCAAAAAUUCGGCUUUGGUAGUCAAGGCCGGAGGUCAAAACAAAACACCAAAGCCUCUACCGACAAUUUUGAUUCUGCACCAGGAAAAAGAGGUGGUCAUGGGUCAAAGGCAGGACGAGGGGGAGCAGGAGGUAGUAAGAGGCCAGGAAAAAGCAAACGUGUCGCCUCUAGGAGUCGUAAAUAA